CCUCCUUUGUUUGACACUUUUCCUGAAAUGGGUGUGAGGCAUUUGGAAAUAGUUGUCCAAAAAGACUAAACAUCCACUUCACAGUGUGGAUUUGCACUUCGCGCACUUCACCUGCAUGCGCGCAGUGCUGCUCGCAAGUCGGACUGUUCUUACCCAUGUGCGUGUAAGCUGGAAGACCGCGCUGCAGCACUGCUAUUAGUGCUGAUAGUGGAACCUGUUAUUGGAGUAGAUAGAGAAACCGGCAACACCCGCAGCCCCUGCUGCUCUUAACUUGGUGCGUAAACGGUUUACGCUUUCAAUCACCUUCUUGGCUGCCGCAAGGCUGAGGCUUCCAAACAGCGCACAGGGCGAGUGGUCAGAACCUAGCUGGUGAGUGAAGAUGAUUCCUGUGCUGAUCUGGGCUUUGAUAUCACUGAAUGUAGCAGAAAAUGACUUAGAUGCUCUGUACCCUGGCCUGGAGCAUUCGAGAACCAUUUAUGUCACAGAAAAUGGCCCCCAACUGUCAGUGGUAGCAGAAAAAACCAAAGUGGUGUCGAGGCGAGGGGGAAAUGCUACUUUACCAUGCACGAUUCUAAGGGACCAAUCACUGGCACUAAACCGUAAGAUGCGGAUCAAAUGGACCAAGCUGACCUCAGACUAUCUAAAAGAGGUGGAUGUGUUUGUUGCCAUGGAUUAUCACAAAAGGAGUUAUGGCAGAUUCCAUGGACGUGUCCACCUACAAGGUUCUUCGGCCAUGGAUGCUUCUCUAGUCAUUACAGAAAUCACUUUGGAGGAUUACGGGAGGUACAAAUGUGAAGUAAUUGACGGGCUGGAAGAUGGAACAGCAGUGGUGUCGCUGGACCUUGAAGGUGUUGUCUUCCCAUACUACCCCCGCUUGGGACGCUACAACCUUAAUUUCUACGAUGCAGAGCGUGCGUGCCACGAUCAGGAUGCCAUCGUGGCAUCUUUUGACCAGCUGUAUGACGCAUGGCGGGGAGGGAUGGACUGGUGCAAUGCUGGCUGGCUGUCUGAUGGCACAGUCCAGUAUCCCAUCAACACCCCCAGAGAACCCUGUGGUGGCAAGAACACAGUGCCAGGCAUUCGGAACUAUGGGUUGAGAGACAAGGACAAGAACCACUACGAUGUUUUCUGCUUUACCUCCCACUACAAAGGUCGUUUCUACUACCUGAUCCAACCCUUUAAGCUGACCUAUGAUGAGGCAGUCAGGGCAUGCCAAAAAGAUGGUGCUCAAAUUGCCAAGGUUGGCCAGAUGUAUGCUGCCUGGAAGCUGCUGGGCUAUGACCGCUGUGAUGCAGGCUGGUUGGAAGAUGGCAGUGUCCGUUACCCCAUCUCUCACCCCCGCCGGCGCUGCAGUCCCACCGAAGCUGCUGUUAGGUUCAGUGGCUUCCCUGACAAGAAGCAUAAGCUGUAUGGAGUGUAUUGUUUCAAGGGCCACAACUGAGCCACAACACACAUCCAUUACAUACACUAGCAUGCAUCAACACAUACAUUAAUGAACAUAAUAAUUGAGGGAAAAAAACAGAGAAAAAAGCACAUUCAAACUGUGAUUUUCUUUUUUUUAAUGGAAACUUUAAGAUGUUUUAUCCAGACCGAUUCAUGUUGUGCUUUGUAAACUGGGACCUUAUAUUCUACAAGGGAUAGUUUAUGCAUAUUUAAGGUUUAUAUUAUUUAAUCAAUGCCCUUCAGAGGGGUGGGCACGUUGUUGUGGGGAUUAGAUAACCUACGGCUACAGACAUACUGUCAUUUACAAAUGGACUAGGCUCGUCAAAGUCUGAAAGUCUGAAGCGUAACUAAUCCAAUCUCUGCUGUUCAAUGUCAACAAGGUGCUGAGACAGGUACUUUGUAAAUCAUCCUACCACCCAGUGUUUUAUUUUUUUAAUACAAACGUGAUGAACCAAACAUUUGUCUCAUCACCAAAAUGAAAAAGAAAUCAUUUAACUGUUAGCAUUGUUUAUGUUUUCUAAGUAUGUAGAAUGUGAUAAUCUAGAAAUGUAUUUCUGUUAAUGACUAUUUUUUGAUAUACUGUAGAAAUAUUUAGAAUAUAAUUUUUAUCUUUCUGGUCAAACUAUCCAAGUCUAUUGGGUUUACAUGAAACAUACAAUAACGGUGGAAGAAAACACCACAAAAAAUGAUUUUGCACUGAAUUUAUCGAAUAUGAUGCGUAGAGGAGAGAAGACAACAGCAGUUUGCUCUUUGCAGCAAUACAGAAUGCCUGGCAUAAAAAAAUACUUUGCAGUGCUAGAGUAUGUUUUGUUCUUUAGAGCAUGACUUGACUUCAACAGCAAAAUCGCUCUUAGAGCAUUGCUACUCUUGCUAUCUAUUUAGCGCCUUAUAGACUGCUAUUUUUGAUACAAAUGCCAUAGAUUCUUCUAGCUUAUUACCAGAGCCAGGCUUUGUCCUGCUUGUGACUCAUCUUGGUCAUUAGCUCAGCAAUCCCAGUGCAACCUGAGAGGACAAUCAAAAAAAUCUAUUACCUGUUAUUCAGUUGUGGGUUUGACCUUCAGCAUGUGUUUGUGAUAUCAUAAAAAUCUGCUUUCUGCAUACAGUGUUGCUUGACCUUUAAAUCAAAUUUUUCUACUGCAUUCCUCUCCUAUGAUGGUGCUAGGCUGCUGUAAACUAGAAUUGUAGCGAGCAUUGGAAAAUUUAGAUUUAAAUCCAGGUUAUGCUCAGGGUUAUGUUUGAUCUAUUUUAGUCAAAAAAAAAAAGCAAAAAAAUACAAAGAAAUAAAUAUUAGUCAUGUCACAAAAGCAAAGAUUUAGUUGUUUGUACCACUGAAAUUGCAAAAUUCUUUGUGUCAAAUGCAAAGAAAAAAGCAAAAUAGUGACAGUUAGUAUGCUAACAGACACACACGGCCAAUGACUACUACUCACACUGUGGAUUAUCAUUUUAGCCUAAACAAGAUUUCCAAACUUUGUGGACCCAAAAAUCUACCCUCUCUUUAACAAGUCAUGUAGUAUUGAUGCUUUUUUGCGGAAAAAAAAAGACUUGCUAAAUGGGUUUUAAAAGUUUCCAAAGGAAAUUGAAAAAAUACUUAGUGUUUGUUGAUUGUUAAAUUGUUAAAUUGUGACUAAAAAUAAUAUGUAACUUUUUUUUGAAUAAAUUGGGACUAAUGCUAGAGCAGAAUAUUCAGAAAACUUACUAAUGGAUACCAGGUAAAAGAAUAUGGUGCUGAGGUUAACAGAGAUAACACUCUGUGGCUGACUUACACAGUAAAGUAUAUAGAGAUGAAGUCUAAGGUCCUGACCUGGCUCCUUUAUUGCUAUCUAAGCUCUGCAAGGCACAGCCAUGAAGCAGCCAACCUGCCUCUGCAGGCAGGCAGCAGGCAUGCAGCCAACCAAUGAGACAGAAAUACAAUACAUUCAAAUACCAGUUCUUCCUGCAGGAGCCUCUAAAGGUUUCUUCCAUUUAAGGGUAUAACAGUAAAUGUAAUGUGUAAACUCACUGUACACAGCCCAAGAUGGAAAAGACUGGAGUUUAGGUAAUGUAAUUGGAAUGGUGCAGAGUUGGCUAUACUUGGCUACUCAAGUCACUGCACAAUCAGAGUUUUGCUAUACUUAUCAUCACUGAACUGCUGGAUGAAAAUAGCUUCCUGUAAUGAUCACACACUGAUGAUGUGGAAGAUAAAAUGCUAUAACAGCUGUGAAGUAAACACUUACUAAAGAUCUGUUUUAUUUAAUUUACUUCUUUUGUAUUAGUGUAUUGAUUAGAAUUAUUGCAAAAAUUACAGUUAAUUAAAUGAAUAGUUUGACAUUUGUGAAAGUGCAAACUGGUAUGGUAAGACACAGCUGUGUAAUUGCUAGAUCUCAUAAUGUGCUAUAAAAUCAAGACAUUUCUUGAAAGUAAACAGUAUUAUGUGUUAAUUGGUAAGAUUCUGAGCUACAUGUUGACACCAAGCUCACACCAGUGUUUAAAUUUAAGACAACCACAAGCUCAUUAGCUAGCAUAGAAAAACACCCGGAAAAUCCUGUAAAAUAACUAGAAUGAAACUUAUAUAUAAGAUAUAUAAUAAGAUAUGCAAGGCAGUUCUUCAGUGCAUCAGUGCGGAAUGAAAGCAAUUUUACAAUUGAUGUUACAUCAUUCAUAUUUCCUACAGUCAAGUUGUCUCAACCUGCUACUCGUUAAAUGAAGAAAAUUGUGGGGAUAUUUCGCUAAUUAGUUGUCCAGUGUUUUAAGUUUAGUGCAGCUCAGCUACCUGUUUACAUUUGUUACUUGCCUUACUUAGUAUGUUACAUUUUUCCUAACCAGAUUACCUGUUUCUACCAGUUGCUAGUCUACAUUCUGUGUGUAGCUAAAGUUCAAGUAGUUGUCAGGAAUAUCACAUUUCAGCAAAUGUUUUCACGUCUCUUUACUAGCCUUUCUUUUAUGCUAAAUGAAGCCACGUGUCUCCUGCUUAUCUACCACUUUGUAUCUACUGUACAGAUAUGACAGUGGUAUCACUUUUGUCAUAUCACAAGAAAGUAAAUAUCUAUGUUUUCCACCAUUUCAACUAUUCAUUUAAAAGUCUUUAUUUUGUAUUCUAUUGUCUUUCUGAUGUUGUUCUUCGGGAACCACAGCAUAGAAAAAAAUCUUAGGGACUUGCAGACAAAGGGAUAAUAAAACAAUAUAUAAACCAUGA